AACAAAUAACAGUUUGUUCAUAAAGUACAUAUAUCGUUAUUGGCGGUACAAAGUAAAGUUGCAGUUUUUACAUUUACAGAAAUUCGUUUUUGUUUCCGCUAUACUGAACGCGCUUCAAACAAGAAGACUAACAGAGAUGUCUUACAUAUAAAGGCAACAAUAAUCUAUUUUAUUCGUCCAUAGAAUCCGCGCAUCGAAAAUACGUUAUACAUAUUAAGAAUAUCACAUAAGAAAUUUGAACGUAAUAAAAUAAAAUUGAUUAAAAUUGAUUUCAUAAAAAAAAAUUUGAAUUAUGUUCCAUGUAAAUCAACAAAAUCAGGUAAGUUUAUUGAAGUCACCUAACAUUUGAUCUAGUUUAAAGCAUGUGUAAAAAACAAUUAAAUAGGAAGGAAAUUAUGGUCAACUUGCUCGUAAAUUAUUAAAAAUAGCCACAAUAUCUGGUAGUAAAGUCGUGCUUCGUCGUGGAGAUCAAUCGUCGGAUGUAUCUACUGAACUUGUACAUGAAUUUGGUACUACAGAUAAAGCAAUCGGGGUAUAUUUCAUAACAUAUUCCUACACGAUACUACUUUAUUGUAAAAAUCUUUAAUACAAUGUUUAUAAAGGAUGUUACUGCUGAAGUGAUGUUAACAACAUUGGGUAAAAUUCCAAGUGAAAUGUAUUAUUUGGAAGAUACAGUUUUCAAUGGAAAAGCAGCAACGGAUAAAAGUACUUUGCAAACAUCUCAAUUUGCACAGGCUGUUGCAUCAACACAAGCAAUGGAAAAUAAUCAUGGGUCCUCGGGUCAUUCAUCAGUGUUAUUUAUUUUAUUAAUUGUACUUUUGGUAAUACUGUUAUUAUGCUGCAUAAGCGCAGGUUUAAUAGCUAAGACAAGAAGAAAAAGCAGUUUCUUUGGGAAAUCUGAUAUGGAGUGUGAUCCAAAAUGUACCGGGAUAAAUCAACCUCUGUUAGAUAAAAAUUCAGAUCUCACAAAUAAAACGAGUAUUAGUUGUCUGAGAAAUUAAAAAGAAGGAACGUGGUAUGAGCCUGUAUAAACAUAACAUUUCUUUGGUGAACAAGGUAUAUGAAGCAGCAUAAUAAAAUUUAGAGUAUACUUCAAAGUAUAAAACUUAUUAGGCAAAAUAGGAUUUACAAAAAAUGUUAAAUACGCCAUAACGUUCGAUCAAAUGUAAAAUAUAAUACGCAAUACGGCUAUAAAUAUGUUCAAAACGGUCACAUGUAACGAGAAAGGACAAGAAAUGUGACUUAACCUAAA